UGGGCAGACGGCGUUAGCAGUAGCUGCCGCGCUGCCUGGCUCUUGAUUCGGUGCUCCCUGCUGUCUGUGUUUGUGUGUGCGUGUAUGUGUGUGUUUGUGUGACUUGUCAUGUCGGAGGAAGCGAGCGUCUCCAGGAAAAAAGUGCGGUUUUAAAGAAGCGAUGCUGCCGACAGCGCCAUAGUAACUUGGCAACCGACGGUGAGGCGGUGCACGGUUCCACGAGACACGACAGCGCGACAGAUGCGGCCAGAGUGAAAGCAGUGUCGUCUCCCUUCUGUGCCUGAUCAGCGUUACUCCGCCUCAUCCGUCUGUUUCAAGUGCGCGACUGAGUUUUUUCUUUUCUUUCCGUGCUGUUUGUGGCGUCGUCGUCGACAGUGUUGUUUGUGGGUGAGGGCUUUGGCCGUGCCGCCACGGUCCGAGUUUCAUGGUGUUUGCGUGUUGUUGCGCCGGUGCGUCGAAUGGUGCCCUGACAUCAUGAUGGUGGAUGUCGAGGACGGCGGCGGAGGGGGCGCUGCGGACGCCAACGCCGCCUACCUGGCGCAGCUCAACCUAAGGCUUCGACGGGGAUGCACGGCCCACGUGGACCCGGAAGGCCGUCUCUACUACAUGAACCACGAGACGCGGACGUCGUCAUGGCUGCCUCCAGUGGACUCAUGGAGCUCGUCGUGCACGGGCUUGCCUUACGGCUGGGAGGCUGCCGUGGACAAGAACGGACGAAGCUACUUCAUCAAUCACGUGAGCAAGACGACGACGUACGAAGACCCUCGCAAGGACUACGAGGAAGAGCCUCCCCCUUCUCCGCGCGAGGUCGAGCUGCUCCGAGACCCGCAGCUGGGGUUCGGCUUCGUUGCCGGAAGCGAGAAACCGGUCAUCGUUCGCUUCGUGACCGAAGGUGGACCAAGUGAACACAAGCUUCAACCCGGAGACCAGAUUCUCGGAAUCAACGGAGAGGAUGUCAAGUGUGCUCCUCGGGAACAUGUGAUAGAGCUCGUCAAGUCAUGCAAGCAGUCUGUUAAACUGGUCGUUUGCCAGCCCCAUGUGAAUAAUACAACUCGGAAGUCGGCCCUACUGACAGCAGCAAAAAAGGCCAAGUUAAAGUCCAAUCCAUCCAGGGUUCGCUUUGCGGAAGGCGUGGUCAUCAAUGGAUCCCCGCUGUACUGCCCAUCUACUUUCGAGUCGUGUGUUCCUUUCCUGCCCAACGUUAUGAAGGUUUUCCUUGAAAAUGGACAGACAAAGUCUUUCAAGUAUGACAGCUCCACCACGGUUCAGGAUGUUCUCAACUCCCUCCAAGAGAAGCUCUCAGUCAAGUCCAUGGAACAUUUUGGUCUUGUCGUGGAGCACAUCAAGUCAGUCCGGAGGAACAAGCUGACGCUCCUCGAUCCAAAGGAUUCCCUGGCAAAGAUUGCCGCCCGACCUGGUGCUCAUCAUCUGCGGUGUUUGUUCCGAGUCGCCUUUGUGCCUCUAGAUGCCUACGACCUGUUACAGAAGGAUCCGGUGGCCUUUGAAUACCUCUAUGUCCAGUGUUGCAACGACAUGGUCCAAGAGAGGUUUGCACCCGAGCUCAAGUAUGACGUUGCUCUCAAGCUGGCCGCCUUGCAUAUCCACCUGCAUGCACUCACAAGCGGUAUGCAGGGAAAGAUCACCAUCAAGGCUGUCGAGCGGGAGAGCGGCCUGAAGCGGUUUGUGCCCGCCUCGCUGCUGGAGACGAUGAAGCGCAAGGAGCUCCGCAAGCUGCUCAGCCACUUCCUGAAGCAGAACCAGUCGCUGUGCGCCCCCGGCCAGAAGCAGCUGACGCCGCUGCAGGCCAAGCUGCACUACCUCAAGAUUGUGGGCGAGCUGCCCAGCUACGGGGCAAAGUGCUUCUCCACAUGCAUGAAGGAUUCCAACAUGGAGACGGGAAUCUUGAUAAGCCCCAAAUUCGGAAUCAGCCAGAUAAACAGUGCCCGUGGCGCCGUCCCAAUCCAACCUGUAACCUUGGCCCAGAUCGCGGAAGUGUCGUCCGUGACCAUAACAAAAGACGACGACCUCUCGUACGCGGUUGAGAUCAGCAUAAAAGAUCCUGACAAGGAGAGUCUAAAGUUUGGCUUGGAGGAUCGGGAAACUGCAGAAUUGGUCUUCAUCCUCAAAGGCUACCACAAGCUGCUAGCCUCACGAGAUCUGCCAAUUCACUGGGAAACCGACGACCCUUGGAAAGUUGAGACCUCUCCCUGCUUCCACGGCAGUCACAUAGUCUGCCCCACCCCCUGGAGCUAUGCGCCUUCGGCGGAUGACCAAGACGGCCCCAUUGUGAAGAGAGUUGACCUGGCUGUGCCGCCGCCUGCUUAUGUUCCUUGCGAGCUGCCGGAUCGUGGCAUGUCGCGGAGCAGCUCACGAGAGCAGUGUUCGCUUACCUCGCUGACCAACUCGGUGGACCACAACAUGAACGAGACAAGCCUGCUCCAGCCGCUCAGCCCGAGCAGGGUGCCCCGGUCCUCGGCGCUGGGGAGCCUCAAGAUGGAGACCUCUUUCGAGCCGAGGUCGCCCAAUGGACAUGGCUUCCCCUCGGACUCGGCAUCGUCGACAGCAGACGAAUCCGAGGAGCGGUUGGUCAAGUUUGACAUCAUGGACGAUGACGACGACGACGACGACGAAGAACCCAUUCUACUCGAGGUCAAAAACGAGGAGGUCCUGCGGCGAGUGUCGGAGAUGCGGCGCAUGGUGGCCGACGCGGAGCACUACCUCUCGGAUGGCAGGCCGCGACCGUCCGCCGCCGACAUGCACAGCGAGUCGACGAGUAGCGACGAGCGCGAGAUGGACUGCAGCCUGGAACCCAGGGGCACCAUCAAAGCGGCCGACUCGCUGCUCCUCCUCACCCAGCUGGACGACGUGUCGGAGGCCGUCAACCAGGUGGCGGUGCCCGACGAGGUCUCCCCUUCCGAGUCGGACACGGACAGCUUCGGCACUCCCAACCGGAGCCCGCUGCACCGGACUUCGCGGCUCACCGGCGCCGCCGACCCGGAGGCGCCGCCUGCGAGGACGCGCUCGGGCUCCAGCUUCGGGCUGCACAGCCCGGACAUGCUCCCGGGAAUCGGGUCCAGCGACAGGGACCUGCUGGAGCUGCUGAAGCAGCUGCAGUCCAACCCGGAGAUCCAGCUCCCGUUUGCGGAGGGCACGCUGUACUUGGACCCAGACAUCAUCGACCUGACGAUGAUCCCGCCGCCCAUGACACCGGACGUGGAGCUCUGCGACGCGUCGCCGGGGACGCUGGACCUUCCGCCGACACCCUUUUCGGACAAGGGGGUGCCCCGGUCGGGCACCGGGGCGACCGAGCUGGACGGAGGCCACUCCAUGGUGCCGCCCCCCUGCUCCAUUGCAGACUCUGCGCGCGUCGUGGCCGAACUCGACGACCUCUGCGACGCCCUGACGGAGAUGCGAGCCUCUGGGGACGAGCUGGGCUGCCACGCGCUCUUCCAGCAGCUCGGCUGCGAGGACCUCGAAACUUUCAUUGCGAGCGUCACCAUCCCCCCACCCCCGCUGCCCGGUUCCGGCCCGAGCGACGACGGCGACUCCGGCGUGACGGACGACGACAUCGCAGCCUACAUCAUCCCUCCGCCGCCCCCGAGCUGCGAGGAAAGCACGCAAGCACAGAACCAGGUGCUUGCGAGGUUUGAGCGCGCCUCGGAGGACAUGCGGCGCAUGAUGAUGCGCGAGGACGGGCAAGACGGCAGGGCAGAUGAUGCAAAAGUCGCCGCGGUGGGUCCCCCUCCCCUGGAGGCACUCAAGGUGUUCGACGUCCUUGCCGGCUACGGCGACCUCCUGGUGACCGACUCGAGCAACUCCUCCUCGCCCAACCCUGCGGUGCGCGAGACCGACCGCUCCUCCCACACGUACGAGAACCUCGACCUCCCGCCCUCGCGGAACCGCGGCGGGCCCCUACUCAACGGCGGAGGCGCCCGGGACUACGAAGAGGUUGCGUUUGGAGGAGAGGGAAAGCCCAGGGUGCCCCCGAGGCUGCGCAAGACGGGGAGCGCAGAGACGUGCGUGAAGAGAGACCGCACGGGGAGCUGCGACGGUCCCGAGGCUUCGGACAGUGCGGCGGCCCAGCGCCAGGUGGCACGUUCGCACUCGUGGACCAACCUGCACGGGCUGAGCCUGGCACGGAAGAACUCGAUGGGGAAGCCACCCCUGCCCCCAGGAUCCCCUUCCCUGCAGUCGAGAACCGGUCACUCCACAGCAAGCUCGGCGGAUCACGGCAGGUCCCUCACACGCCCAGGGUCCGCGAGCCCACGCACGGCCAGUCCGUUGAGCCCCCGCAAGACGACCUCACCCGUCCGCGCAGCCACGAUUGGACGGGCGGGGGGACGGUCCUUCAAUGGCCCCCCGACCAGCUUCGGCAACAGCAACGCAGGCGACGUCUACACCGAAGCGGGUGGCGGCGACGAAACUGUGCCGUCGCUCUUCGACGGUGUUAACGGCUGCCUCUGCUUGCCAUUCGCGACGAACAAUCCGACGACGCCCGAAAUGCCCUGCCUCGUCUGCAACCGUGGCGAGGCCUUAGGGAGUGCAUUGGGCAACGAGAAUGCUCCCGAUGCUCCGUUCCUCCGUGCCCAGGAGCAAGUGUACACGAUGGUCCUGCGCAUCGAUGACGUGGCGCGAGAUGCGACGGCACUCCAGCGUUCGGCGACUGACACGAGCGUCGGCGACAAGUUCUCGUCGGCCCGCGAUGAGCUGGUCACAGAGUCGCGCCAGUUCGUGACCGCCUCCAAACUGUUUGUGCGCAGCGCCACCGAGGGGGCACCCAAUGUGCUGGAGCACCUAGUGACGUGCGUGGCACUCCUAGACCGCAUGUUUGCAGCAUGCGAGAUGCUGGUCCUCUCCGGCGGUUCCGCCUGGUCCGGCCUCGUAGAGCAGGUCAAGGCUGUGGCACUGGCGUAUACACGCGCCGCCGGCGCCGCGAGAAAGUCGGCGCAGAGCGGGGCCAACGGCGGAGCCGUCGGCUCGCUCAUGCAUCAGGCGACCGACCUGGCGUCCGCACUCACCGCGCUGAUGAGGACUCUGAGGUCGUUCGACAACUCCUAACUUGGCCCGUCUCCCUGUAACCCCCGUGCGAUACCCCUCGCCCCCUCCCCUGGUUUUCGUUAGGACGUGCAGUUACAGUGCGUUGUUUUUUCGGAUGGACUUUUUUUUUUUUUUUCGUUUCGAGAUCUUAUGUGGAGGGACCAAUGAUUGGAAGGUGCAAGGUCUGACGAGCACUUAGAUCGAGUCUGGGAUGGUUUUAGACGCAAUGUUUUGUGCAAAGACGCGCCACAGCUGCCUGGGAAGACAUCCAAGGUUGUGAGGGCGAGCGAGGGUCGCAAAAUAAUCUCAAUAUCCCGCACAGGUCGUCUCACCAGAGGCUCGAGAUGCGAUCAUCGAUAACGACGCACGUCAACAACAGCAGGGAUUGCUCCAGAGUUAUAAAGCGCUUUCUUGGCGUCUUCUAGCUUUGAAACCAUAUAUCUACAAAGGUUACCAAUUGUUUAGGCCGUCAGGCCCCUUAGAGAAUGAAACGGCAGCUUGGAGGACUUCCAGUUGAACCGAAAGCUUAGCCAGCUUUGCAUUUUGCUUCAGAACUGGUUUCUUUCUUUUUGCUUGCUAGUUUUUUUUUUUUACUAUUACGUGACGUGCGUGACAAACAAGGAGGCAUUUGGUAGCAUCUAGCUGCUUGCGCAGGUCGAAUCAUUCCGUGCUCAAGUUAGGCUUUAAGCAGCAUUCGUCUUAGUCGAAGCAACUCCCGUUUUUCAAGUUUUUGCGUGUGCGCAUGUUUUUACCUGGCAGAAGGAAAACUGUCCUCUUAAUGUUUUGGACGAUUGAAAUGACGGUCACACUGUGCUCGGAAAACCCCUGCCGUGCCUGUCGACUUUUUUUUACGGAGCGUUUUGGUGCGAGGACUGGAGCUAGCAUUUAAGCCGACAAGGAGUGUACCGCCAUCUCUCCCCUUUUUCUUUUCACUCUCAACCUCUACUGGGAAGGGGGAAAGAGAACAGUGCUCGUUCACAGUACCAAGGUUCCACACAGGACUACAUCACCAAACACGUGCGAGAGAGCGAGAAAAAAAAAAAAAAAAGGAAACAUGAUACUCAGGCAGCCAUUUUUCCUUGCGCUAUCGUUUUUAAAUGUUUUGUCGUCUCCAAUGCGUGCUAUCUCACACAGUUGCCUUCGGGAGAGAAAUGCGGGUUUCUUCUCCCAAAACGUUGAAGAUACUGUCCUAUACAGCACAGCUGUCGUGCAAGAAAAGGUCGGAAAGAACCAAAAAAAGGGAUUGUUCGUGAAGCAGCUGCGAGUGUCGCAACAGGAUGGGCAUGGGACAGUGUUGUUGGGGCAUUCAGAGUUGAAGCAAUAAUACCGCACGAUUUGCGGCAAUAUGCUGCGAGCAUUUGACGGCGGCCACAUUGCUACAAAGGGUGGCGCAGCAGCGCGAGAGGCGGAGAGAGAGAAGGAAUGUGUAUUUUUCAUCCGUAUAACUCUACUAUCUUUGUUAGGAAUCUCCUGGCUAUCAAGCACGCAAGACGGAGUCAAAGCCCAGACAUGCGCAUGCAGACGGCAUUUCGGGUUCUCCGUGCUUAACGACCAACUGCUCAUUGUCAGUCCCCAAAUGUAUAAUAAUGACGGAGGGACACCUGACCCAAACGACGAGAUACCAACAUACAAAAAAAAGAAUCUUCAGACUUUUUAUUUCGGAAUAAUAAAGAGUUUGCAAAAGUGUU